AUUCUCAUAUACCUCCCGUUCAUGAUCCCUUUUGACACUCGAGCGGAGCUGUUCCGACAGCUGAUUGAAAAAGACAAGUCACAGAUCACAGGGAUAUUCAGCCCAAAGAUACAAGGUGUUGUAUCGCGGGAAAACGUUCUUUUUGACGCCUUUGAGCAGUUUGGAGAGCUGCGUGGCCAACAGUUCAAACUGCCUCUAUCUGUGGAGUUUAUCAACCAGUUUGGAGAAAAAGAGGCCGGCAUUGACGGGGGAGGACUCACAAAAGAGUUGCUCACAAGUAUUGUGGAUAGCGCAUUUUACGUUUCGAACUCCAAUGCAGACAAGAGAGGCGGGAUGAGGUUCUUCAAUGCGACCUCCAACUUCCAGCUAUACCCCAACCCUGACUACUUUUUGAACUCCGAGGAAAAGACUUUCCAUCUACAAAUGCUCAGGUUUCUGGGCAUGGUAAUCGGUAAGUGUCUCUACGAGAAUGUGUUGACAGAUAUUCAGUUUGCACCGUUUUUCCUUAGUCGGUGGACCACGACACCCUCGUUUCAACAGAGAAUUUCGUUUGAUGAUCUAAAAAUAUACGAUAGUGAGCUGCAUGAAAACCUCUCCAAACUGCUGAAACUGACAGAGCACGAGAUUGACGAGUUGGACCUGAACUUCACCAUCAGCGAGAAGUUACAGGAUUCCCCAGAGGUUGUCACGAUUGACCUGCUUCCUGGCGGAAGAAAGAUGAAGGUGAAUCAACAGAACAAGUUGCAGUACGUUUACUGCGUAGCAAAGUUCAAGAUGGACCAGUCGAUUGCAAUCCAGUCGAAAUAUUUCAUAGAAGGAUUGUCCCAGAUCAUUAAGCCCAGAUGGCUCUUGUUCUUCAAUGCGUACGAGCUGGCCAAACUAAUCUCUGGCGGAGAGAAAGAGAUUGAUGUUGAGGAUUUGCGGCGCAAUACCGCACUGGGUGGUUACACGAUGCAUGACCCGACAAUUGUUUACCUGUUUGAGCUCCUUGAAGAGUUUGACAACGACCUGCGGUCCAAAUUUCUUAAAUUUGUCACCUCCAGCUCGCGCGAACCACUGCUGGGCUUCAAAGAGCUCAAUCCAAAAUUUGGAAUCCGCAACUCGGGACCAGACACUUCAAGACUACCCACAGCGUCCACGUGCGUGAACCUGCUCAAAUUGCCUGACUACAGAGACAAAAAGCUACUGAAGGAAAAGCUGCUGUAUUCCAUCAACUCGCACGCAGGUUUCGAUCUUUCCUAG